CCCUGCGGCCCUGCGGCCUUGCCCUACGGAAGCCUGCGAGGAAGGGCGGUGACCACUGCCCCCGUGCCGCUGUCCAGAUGCCCAGCGCCAACGCCAACCGCAAGAGCCAGGAGAAGCCGCGGGAGAUCAUGGAGGCGGCGGAAGAUUAUGCUAAAGAAAGAUACGGAGUAUCUUCAAUGAUACAGUCUCAGGAAAAACCAGAUAGAGUUUUGGUUCGAAUUAAAGACUUGACAGUAGGAAAAGCUGAUGAAGUUGUUUGGAUACGUGCAAGAGUUCAUACAAGCAGAGCUAAAGGGAAGCAGUGUUUCUUGGUCCUACGUCAACAGCAGUUUAAUGUCCAGGCUCUUGUGGCGGUGGGAGACCAUGCAAGCAAGCAGAUGGUUAAAUUUGCUGCCAACAUCAACAAAGAGAGCAUCGUAGAUGUGGAAGGUGUUGUAAGAAAAGUGAAUCAAAAAAUUGGAAGCUGUACACAGCAAGAUGUAGAGAUACAUGUUCAAAAGAUGUAUGUGAUUAGUUUGGCUGAACCCCGCCUGCCACUACAGCUGGAUGAUGCUGUUAGACCCGAAGUGGAAGGAGAAGAGGAAGGAAGAGCUACUGUUAACCAGGAUACAAGAUUAGAUAACAGAGUCAUUGAUCUUAGGACAUCAACUAGUCAAGCAGUCUUUCGUCUUCAAUCUGGAAUCUGCCAUCUUUUCCGGGAAACUUUAGUUAACAAGGGUUUUGUGGAAAUCCAGACUCCAAAAAUUAUUUCAGCUGCCAGUGAAGGAGGCGCCAAUGUAUUUACUGUGUCAUAUUUUAAAAAUAACGCUUACCUGGCUCAGUCCCCACAACUGUACAAGCAAAUGUGUAUUUGUGCUGAUUUUGAGAAAGUUUUCUGCAUUGGACCAGUAUUUAGAGCUGAAGACUCUAAUACCCAUAGACAUUUGACUGAAUUUGUUGGUUUGGACAUUGAAAUGGCUUUUAAUUACCAUUACCAUGAAGUUAUAGAAGAAAUUACUGAUACCUUAGUACAGAUAUUCAAAGGACUUCAAGAAAGGUUUCAAACUGAAAUCCAAACAGUGAAUAAACAGUUCCCGUGUGAGCCAUUCAAAUUUUUGGAGCCAACUUUAAGACUGGAGUAUUGUGAAGCAUUGGCUAUGCUUAGAGAAGCUGGGAUUGAAAUGGGAGAUGAAGAAGAUCUCAGCACACCGAAUGAGAAGCUGUUGGGUCGUUUGGUAAAGGAAAAGUAUGAUACAGAUUUCUUUGUCCUUGAUAAAUAUCCAUUGGCUGUAAGACCUUUCUAUACUAUGCCUGACCCAAGAAAUCCUAAACAAUCCAACUCUUACGAUAUGUUCAUGAGAGGAGAAGAAAUACUCUCAGGAGCUCAAAGAAUACAUGAUCCUCAGCUGCUAACAGAGAGAGCGUUACAUCAUGGAAUUGAUUUGGAGAAGAUUAAGGCAUACAUUGAUUCCUUCCGUUUUGGGGCCCCUCCUCAUGCUGGUGGAGGCAUUGGAUUGGAACGAGUAACCAUGCUGUUUUUGGGACUACAUAAUGUUCGUCAAACCUCAAUGUUUCCCCGUGAUCCAAAACGACUCACGCCUUGAAGCCUUGGUUUUUAUUCUUUCUACUAACCUGUGAUAUCAGACUAUACGUAUACUUCAGCAACUUAAAAUAUGCAAAGGCAUAAAUGUCUUCUCUAAAGUGCCACAAUUACUUUUGGAUUUGUUCGGUAUAGGUUAUGUAAAGAAGAUUUUUAUAAAUUUAGACAUGCCUCAGUAAGAAGUUGUUGGACAUUUUAAUGAAAAAUUCAUAUAGCUACAUUAAAAAUCCAUAUUGAUUUACUAUAAUAAAUGUUAAUAAUUUUAAACAGUAAAAUGCGCAAGAUUUUUUUUCUAUAUUAAAGUGACUAAAAUAUUAUUGUCUUACAAUUUUGAUAUUUGAGCUUAUUUUUUAAAAUUCUGACAUUACUACAAGAAUAGUUUUAAGGAAGUAUCUGAGAUGUUAGUGUAUAACUGGCAUAUCAUGCAAGUUAGGCAAAAAUUAUCAAUUCUGAAAACAUAUCCAGACAUCAUGUAAAGCAGGUGAAAGUACUGGCUAGAAAAUAUUUAAUAUAACAUUGUAUUAAACUGUUGAAUUUUAAACCUGAAUUUCAAAUAAAAAUGUGAACCUAAUUAUGGUCAUCUUGCAUAA